AUGAAUUCGGAUUCUUCGUCAGUGCCGCGUGUACAAGGAGAGUCUGCGCAAGAGAGACUCAAUGAACUAUUGAAGUUGUUGAGGAUAGACGCUACAACACACACGGUGACAGAAUGGCCGCCGCUACAAGAAACCAAAUGGUUGAACGACAGUGAUUCGGAAGAGAACAACAUUUAUCAGCGGGUGCCGCUCAGUUAUUUACAGACAGUGAACAAUAUAAUGAAGCAUCGUUGUGCGGACGGUACAGCUGUAACGUUCGUUCAGUUACCACAGCCUCCGCCCGCCACGGCCUCCGAUGCUGUUUGCGAUCAGUAUUUAAAGGUAUUAGACGAACUAACAAAGGAUCUCUCGCCCACCAUACUGGUAAGGGGACUCAAAUCGGUCACAUCAACUUCACUUUGA